AUGAUAAUCGUUCUCUCUUGUCUUCUCUGCCCUGGGAGCAGCUCUCCUGCCACGGCCCUUCAGCCCCUGAAAAGGUAUGCUUGCGCCAAGUUCAUCUCCACCUCCUCCUUGAUCAGGAGAACCUCUCCACUAUUGAACCGAUCACUGUCUGCAGUGGUGCUGAAACGACCAGAGACACUGACAGAUGAGAGCCACAGCAGCUUGGCAGCCCCACGUCCCCUGACCACCUCACUUAUUCCUAGCCGCAGUUUCCAAACCAGUGUCAUUUCAAGGGACACUGACACAGCCGCCAAGUUCAUUGGAGCUGGGGCUGCCACAGUAGGGGUGGCUGGUUCUGGGGCUGGAAUUGGGACUGUGUUUGGGAGCCUCAUCAUUGGUUAUGCCAGGAACCCUUCUCUGAAGCAACAGCUAUUCUCCUACGCCAUUCUGGGCUUUGCCCUCUCAGAAGCCAUGGGACUCUUUUGCCUGAUGGUGGCCUUUCUCAUCCUCUUUGCCAUGUGAAGGAGCCGUUUCCACCUCCCAUAGUUCUUUCUCCCGUGUCUUGUCUGCCCUGUAUGUUCCUUUUCCUGUACCUCCCCAGGCAGCCUGGGGAAAGGGGUUGGCUCAGGGUUUGACAGAAGGAAGACAAAUAGAUACUGUAUUAAAAAGA